AAUCCCCCACGUGGGUAUAGCUGCGGAUGGACUCUCCUCUAUUGACAUUUGCUAUUUUGCUGCAGUUUGUUGAUGACGCUAAGGUCAAGAAAUAGAUAUAUUGUAUCGUAUAACCUUAGCUUAUAUUCCGAUCGUAUUGUUCCUUACGUCUCAGUUUCUACUAAUGUUUGGUUAUUGUUUACAUGUUCCUGCAUAUAGAUAAAACGUGUAUCAGCUGAUGACUGGCGGUGAUUUUGAAGAUGGCUCUUGCAGUGUGUCGAAUCAGUAGGAGAUGUCGGCAUUUAAAAGUUUGCAACUAUACAAGUUUAUCAAAUACACUGAAAGGUUCAACAGCACAGAUUGAGAUAUUGUUAAAUGAAAAUGGAUCUGCUUCCAUACAACAAUUUCUUAGACAUUUACACAUCAAUAAGAGGCCUGUGUUUCCAUCUCUUUCAAUGUCUGGAAUACAUUAUAGACUGUAUAAUACUGAGGAUGCUACAAAGGUUAUACAUCCAGAAAAUAAUCAGCGGUCCGUCAGCCUAAAUCAACAGGACAUUACAAUUCCUUGUACAGAAAUUUACCUAGAAGACCUGGAGGAUGAACCUCCCUUGUCACCCUUGGAAGAAAUUACAGAAAAUGAAGCUGUUCAGAUUGCUGCAGAUCUACCAAUACCCCCAGCUUCCUUCACUCUUCAAGAUUAUGUGGACCAGUCAGAAACCUUAAAACAACUUGUUUUACUUGGCGUGGAUUUGUCCAAGGUGGAAAAACGUCCAAAUGUAGGAAAUUUAUUGCUAAGGCUUGAUUUUGAAAGAGAUGUUAGCAAAAUCCUCUUAUUCUUAAAAGAUGUUGGCUUAGAAGACAAUCAACUUGGAUCAUUUUUGACAAAGAAUCCAUUUAUUCUGAGUGGAGAUCUAGAAAAUCUUCACAAAAGGGUAGCUUACCUGAGUUCAAAAAAGUUCAGCAAGCAUGAAAUUGCACGAAUGGUAGCACACGCUCCUUAUUUGCUGAACUUCUCAGUCGAGCGCUUGGAUAAUCGUCUGGGCUUCUUCCAGAAAGAACUUGGACUCAGUGCAGAGAAGACUAGAGACCUGGUGGUUCGUCUUCCAAGAAUGAUAACUAGCAGCCUGGAGCCCAUAAAGGAGAAUUUAAAAGUAUUCCAAAUUGAAUUGGGAUUUAAAAAAAAUGAAAUUCAGCACAUGGCAACGAAAGUUCCGAAAAUGAUAACUACAAACAAGAAGAAACUAACCGAAACAUUUGAUUAUGUGCACAAUAAAAUGGAAAUUCCUCACCAUCUUAUUGUCAAAUGCCCUCAGGUCUUCAAUACAAAGCUGAUGAGGCUCAAGGAAAGGCAUCUGUUUCUUACGUUUUUGGGAAGAGCAGCAUAUGAUCCAACCCUGCCAAAUUAUGUCUCCUUAGAAAAGUUAUCAUCCAUGCCUGAUGAUGUUUUUUGUGGUGAGGUUGCCAAAGCAACUGUGCUUGAGUUUGACCAGUUCCUAAAAACUCUUUAAUUAUGUUUUGCAGUAAAAAUAAACUCUUUUUAACUUUC